AUGAUGAAAGUCAGACAGAAUCAAAGCUUCAUCAUGAACAAGAUAAAUCAAACUCCCUUCCCAUUCCUUCAGUUUCCAAGCGAAUUGUGCUUGGUGAUUCUGUCUGUAAUAUGGCAGGCACAGCUGACCAUGCAGGUAGCAUGGUAGACCUCAAGGGGGAUAAGGACUUGUUCAGUAAAACUCCAGAGCUUGUCAAUGAAGGUACAAGUGAGCUACGUCACCGUAACAGAGGGGAACUGCCAUCUGAAACUGCACCACGGCCACCUAGACAUGGAUUAGACCAGUACUUAUCCAGAUUUGAUGAAGCUCUGAAGCUGAGGAACCAGCUGAUGAAUGAGAAGCCAAGCCAAGAGAAUGGGAAUGCAGUGGAGGAGUUUGACUCUUUCCGCAUUUUUAGAUGGGUGGGAUGUGCUCUGCUUGCUAUCGCAGUCAGGGCUUUUGUGUGCAAGUACUUGUCAAUAUUUGCACCAUUUCUUACUCUACAACUUGCUUACAUGGGACUGUCCAAGUACUUUCCAAAGUGUGAGAAGAAGGUGAAAACAACAGUAUUAACUGCAGCUCUUUUACUGUCUGGAAUCCCUGCGGAAGUGAUCAGUCGUUCCAUGGACACCUACAGCAAAAUGGGAGAUGUUUUCACAGAUCUUUGUGUCUACUUCUUUACUUUUAUCUUUUGCCAUGAACUUACUCUGUUUUUCGGUUCUGAAGUACCAUGAUGGCUGUAGAAUACAAUGCAGUAGUUACACUAAAGCUUGCUGGACUGUAUUCCUUUAACGUUUGACUGUGCAGACAGGUUUAAACCUUCAUUAAAAUUCUUACCUGUUUGAAUGCUUAAAAGGAGCCUUAAAUCCAGUCAUUUUGCAAAAGGAAGAGCAGGGCCCCAGACUGCCGGUUGUAUUGGUUCAGUUUAUUUAAAUACUGUGUCUGCCUAUUACAAAUGUGAAGAGUAGGAUGCAAGUGUCAGUGGAUGAUUUAUUUGAUUCAGUUAGAUGAUGCCCUUCUCAGCCUCCUUCAUAAACCUUUACAAAGCUGCCUUUGUUCUUUUCAGUGAGAACAAAGAGAAGGAGAGUUCCUUUCAACGGAACCAUACAUAUAUCUCUCUCUCUAGUAUGACUAUA